AUGGCCGAGGACAACCCCUCCUUCAGCACCGACAGCCAUCUCCAGAUUGGCAUCGAGAUUGAGUUCGUCGCCCCCCGCAACACCGCCUGGGAGGAUGAGCAUCUGCCGUUUGUGGAACACUGGAACCACACGAACCUGUCCAAGGAUGCCUGCUUCCACCGGCUCGCCGAGGCGCUCCACGCCGCCGGCCUGCCGUCCUGCUACCAGAUGAAGACAACGCCGCUGCGGUGCUCGCGCAACCCGCUCCUCGCUGCCGCACCGCGCGACGCCGUCGUUCUGCAGUCGUGUCGGCUGCUGGGCGACCCGCUGCGGUUCCGCGUGCGCGACGGCCGCGCCGGCAUCUUCCGCUACUGGCUCGUCAAGGGCGAGCACAACCUCACCGACGUCUCCGCCUACAAGACGUGGAUCGAGUGUGAGCUCAACACACCCAUCCUCGCCGAGGCUGAUGUCGCCGUCGGCCCCAUGCCCCAGCUCGGCACCGCGCUCGCCGCACUCCACGCCGCCGCUGCCAACGCCCCGCCGCACGUCUGCCCCCGCCGCUGCGGCCUGCACGUCCACCUGUCGCUCGCGGCGCCCGGCGGCUGCACCCUCGACUACGCGCGGCGCGUGCUGACGCUCGCGCUCGUCCUCGACCAGAGCGUGCUCUACCCGCUCUGCGACCGCACCCGGCGCGACUUUGGCCGGCCGUUUCUCUCCGCCGCCAGCCUCGCCAGCCGCGCCGACUUGCUCGUGCCGCACACCCCGCGCCUCUCGGCCCACGCGCUCGCCCACCUCCCGCGGGGGCUCGUCGCCGCCGAGGGCCGCGCGCUGGCGUACCUCUGGCACGCGGCGAGCUUCGACGAGCUGCAGCCGAUGCUCGAGCACCACCGCGCGGACCUGCACAUGGUCGCGCCGGUGCUGUGCAAGCACAAGCAUGCAGCGCCGGGUGCGGCGGAUGAGCCUCUUGGCGGCGCGACGGCUACGACGAUCGAGUUUCGCUGCGCGCAGGCGUCGUUUUCGGCGCGGUUCGUGCGCGCCUGGGCGAGGCUCGUGCUGGCUGUGGGACGCGUCGCGCUGCUGCCGACCGACGAGUACCGCGCGGCGCUGGGCCGCAUGUGGGCGGCGGCGCAGGUCAGCGGCGGGACGGUCGUGGAGCGCGAGGAGGCGACGAUGGCGACGCUGGCUGAGCUGAGCGUGGCGGCGGUCGGGGCAGGGAUGCUGGGCGGCGGGCUGGAUCUGGCGUAUUGGAGAGUGAGGUACGGCCUGAUGCGGGCUGGGCGGAAUCCGGACAUUGAUGAGGAAGGAAGAGCCGUCUUGGACCAGGACUAG